CUUGGAGGGGGGUGAGGGGUGGAGGUCUGGUGACUCCAGGGAGUUCUCUCUGCCAGUGUCUUUGAGACAGAUCCCUCACACCAAGGACCUCCACGCCAGCUCCCCGCCCCAUCUUCCCAACCACUUUGCUGUUGCUUUGCACUGUCUGGAACGGCUAGUUGGUCCAGCCCUGUGUGCCACUGUCGUGGGCCCUCUCUGUCAGCGCUCAGCUGGUAGCUCCCCCAAAUCUUCCCAGGAGGUCACGAACAGCUUCUCAGGGACUUGGGCACUGGGGGCGCUCACAGAUCGUGGAUGCAGACGGGCCCUCAUUUUGCCAUUCCCCCCACCUGGAGUUCAUCUCUUUCAGUAACCCCAUCACUGUUUGCCAACUUCACUCCCGGGGCGCUGGGAGUCGUGCGGGGCAGGGGCGCGGGACUCUGGGCGGGAGCACCCAACUGGCUGCACCAGGGACUUCAAGCUGCGCCCAGAGACACCCCCAAUCCCCCAGAGGCUGCUGCCAGGAGGCAGCAGCUGCAGCCGCGGCAACUGCGGGAAUCCUGGCCUGGCUAGGGUUACUCCCCCUACCCACCCCCGCCUCCUCCUCCAGCAUCUCGGGCCAGACGGGGAAAAUUUUGUUCAAGUUUGCAAGCAAGUACUUUUCUCCGCGCGCAAAGCUGAGGGUCAGGGGAGGCGUGGAGACCCGCCUGCUUUGCCCUGUGCCCUCCGCCUUUCAGCCUGAACUAAGACUCCCUCCCAAGUGUUCCUCUCCUUUGGGUCGCUGCUUGGAGGCUCACAGUGUUGUUUGAAACAAGAUUUUGCUUCUUGGCUGACGCUGGGGGGGAAAGAACAGCGCUGAGAAUCUCACGGCCUCGGGACCUCGGUUGUUCUUCAGGAAAAAAAUGAGUAUUUCUUUGAACUCACGCCUCGGCUUUACAUGUUUAUUGUUAUUCCACUGGAUUAGGACCACAUCACCCUUGAAUCUUGAAGACCCGAAUGUGUGUAGUCACUGGGAAAGCUACUCAGUGACUGUGCAAGAGUCAUACCCACAUCCCUUUGAUCAGAUUUACUACACGAGCUGCACAGACAUUCUCAACUGGUUUAAAUGUACACGGCACAGAAUUAGUUAUCGGACAGCCUAUCGACAUGGUGAAAAAACUAUGUAUAGGCGCAAAUCCCAGUGUUGUCCUGGAUUUUAUGAAAGCAGGGAAAUGUGUGUCCCCCACUGUGCUGAUAAAUGUGUCCAUGGCCGCUGCAUUGCUCCAAACACCUGUCAGUGUGAGCCUGGUUGGGGUGGGACCAACUGCUCCAGUGCCUGUGACGGUGAUCACUGGGGACCCCACUGCAGCAGCCGGUGCCAGUGCAAAAACAAGGCUCUGUGCAACCCCAUCACAGGGGCUUGUCACUGUGCUGCAGGCUUCCGGGGUUGGCGCUGUGAGGAGCGCUGUGAGCAGGGCACCUACGGUAAUGACUGUCACCAGAGAUGCCAGUGCCAGAAUGGAGCCACCUGUGACCAUGUCACAGGGGAAUGCAAAUGCCCACCAGGAUACACAGGAGCCUUCUGUGAGGAUCUGUGUCCCCCCGACAAGCAUGGCCCACAGUGUGAGCGGAGAUGCCCCUGCCAAAAUGGAGGAGUCUGCCAUCAUGUCACUGGAGAAUGUUCUUGUCCUUCUGGCUGGCUGGGCACAGUGUGUGGUCAGCCCUGCCCUGAGGGUCGCUUUGGAAAGAACUGUUCUCAAGAAUGUCAGUGCCAUAAUGGAGGGACUUGUGACACUGCCACAGGCCAAUGUCACUGCAGUCCAGGAUACACAGGGGAACGAUGCCAAGACGAGUGUCCUGUUGGCUCAUAUGGAGUCCACUGUGCCCAGACCUGCCAAUGUAUCAAUGGAGGGAAAUGUUACCAUGUGAGUGGCACCUGCCUUUGUGAAGCAGGCUUUGCUGGUGAGCGCUGUGAAGUGCGUCUGUGCCCAGAAGGGCUCUACGGUAUCAAAUGUGACAAGCAGUGUCCGUGCCACUUGGACAACACUCAUAGCUGUCACCCCAUGUCUGGAGAGUGUGCCUGCAAACCAGGCUGGUCUGGACUCUAUUGUAAUGAGACUUGCUCUCCUGGAUUCUACGGGGAAGCUUGCCAGCAGAUCUGCAGCUGCCAACAUGGGGCAGACUGUGACAGUGUGACUGGAAAGUGCACCUGUGCCCCAGGAUUUAAAGGAAUUGACUGCUCUAUCCCAUGCCCCCUGGGAAGCUAUGGAAUAAACUGCUCCUCUCUCUGUGGCUGUAAAAAUGAUGCUUUCUGCUCUCCUGUGGAUGGGUCUUGUACUUGCAAGGCAGGUUGGCAUGGAGUGGACUGCUCCAUCCGCUGUCCCAGUGGCACCUGGGGUUUUAGCUGCAACCUGACGUGCCAGUGCCUCAAUGGGGGAGCAUGCAACACCCUGGAUGGGUCCUGCACCUGUGCACCUGGGUGGCAUGGAGAGAAAUGUGAACUUCCCUGCCAGGAUGGCACAUAUGGGCUCAACUGUGCUGAACGCUGUGACUGCAGCCAUGCUGACGGGUGCCACCCCACCACGGGCCAUUGUCGCUGCCUACCUGGAUGGUCAGGUAUCCACUGUGACAGUGUGUGUGCUGAGGGGCGCUGGGGCCCAAACUGCUCCCUGCCCUGUUAUUGUAAGAACGGGGCUUCAUGCUCCCCUGAUGAUGGCAUCUGUGAAUGUGCACCAGGGUUUCGAGGCACCACUUGCCAGCGAAUCUGCUCCCCUGGUUUUUAUGGGCAUCGCUGCAGCCAGACCUGCCCACAAUGUGUACACAGCAGUGGACCCUGCCACCACAUCACCGGCCUAUGUGACUGCUUGCCUGGCUUCACAGGUGCCCUGUGCAAUGAAGUGUGUCCCAGUGGUAGAUUUGGGAAAAACUGUGUGGGAAUCUGCACCUGCACCAACAACGGGACCUGCAAUCCCAUUGACAGAUCAUGUCAGUGUUAUCCUGGCUGGAUCGGCAGUGACUGCUCUCAACCUUGUCCACCUGCCCACUGGGGCCCGAACUGCAUCCAUACCUGCAACUGUCACAACGGGGCUUUUUGUAGCGCAUAUGACGGGGAAUGUAAAUGCACUCCUGGAUGGACGGGGCUCUACUGCACGCAGAGGUGUCCUCUAGGGUUUUAUGGAAAGGACUGCAUGUUGAUAUGCCAGUGUCAAAAUGGAGCCGACUGCGACCAUAUCUCUGGGCAGUGCACUUGCCGCACCGGGUUCAUGGGGAAGCACUGUGAACAGAAGUGCCCUGCGGGAACAUAUGGCUAUGGCUGUCGCCAGAUAUGUGAUUGUCUGAACAACUCCACCUGUGACCACAUCACCGGAACCUGUUACUGCAGCCCAGGAUGGAAGGGGGCAAGAUGUGACCAAGCUGGUGUGAUCAUAGUUGGAAAUCUGAACAGCUUAAGCAGAACCAGUACAGCUUUGCCUGCUGAUUCCUACCAGAUAGGGGCCAUUGCAGGCAUCAUCAUUCUCGUCCUAGUUGUUCUCUUCCUACUGGCGUUGUUCAUUAUUUAUAAACACAAGCAGAAGGGAAAGGAAUCAAGUAUGCCUGCAGUUUCCUACACCCCUGCUAUAAGGGUCAUGAAUGCAGACUAUGCCAUGUCAGAAACCCUGCCUCACAGCAACGGUGGCAAUGCUAACAGCCGCUACUUCACCAAUCCCAGUUACCACACACUGACCCAGUGUGCCACUUCCCCUCAUGUCAACAACAGGGACAGGAUGACCAUCUCCAAGUCAAAAAACAACCAGCUGUUUGUGAAUCUGAAAAAUGUAAAUCCUGGAAAGAGAGGUCCCAUGGUGGACUGCACUGGAACGUUGCCAGCAGACUGGAAACAUGGCGGCUACCUCAAUGAAUUUGGAGCUUUUGGACUUGACAGAAGCUAUCUGGGAAAAUCUUUGAAAGAUUUGGGCAAGAAUUCUGAGUAUAAUUCAAGUAAUUGUUCCCUAAGCAGUUCCGAAAACCCAUAUGCCACAAUUAAAGACCCACCUGCACUUAUCCCCAAAACUUCAGAGUGUGGUUAUGUGGAGAUGAAGUCACCUGCACGGAGAGAUUCCCCAUAUGCGGAAAUCAAUAACUCAACAUCAGCCAACAAGAAUGUCUAUGAAGUUGAACCUACAGUGAGUGUUGUCCAAGGAAUAUUCAGCAAUACUGGACAUCUUCCCCAGGAUCCGUAUGACCUCCCAAAGAACAGUCACAUUCCUUGUCAUUAUGACCUGCUGCCAGUCCGAGACAGUUCAUCCUCCCCCAAGCAAGAGGAUGGUGGCAGCAGCAGCAGCAGCAGCAGUAGCAAUGAAUGACACCAAAGGAUCACUAAAACCCUUUCCUGAACUGCAGUUGGGUUCUUUUCCAUCCUCAAAUUUGCCACCUUAUGUGAAUGUUAAUCCACUUGGUAGGCAAUUAUUGGAUGUGGACCAGAAAGCUCAAAGCUGGCUGACCAUCGGUCCUUUAUAUACAGGUGGCUUGAAAGGAGAUAGUGAUACGAAUUCUCAUUCCUAUUUGUGUUAGAAUUGGGUCUGUGAAGCAUGAUUACUGUAAGACCUGGCUAAAAGUAUGAACUUGCAGAAACCCUUCAGAGACACAGGUUGCAGUGGACAUUGGUACUAUUGCUUGAAAAAUUAGAACUUAAAUAUUUUCUUUCUCCAUUUGCAUUCUAGAUCUGUACCUAGGUUUAUGCAGUUUACCAUAAAAUUUCCUUUAUGGAAGUGUGAAUCGCUCCAUAUAGAGAAAAAUAGAAGCACAUUUUUGAGUCUUCAUUUUUUUUUGUUUCAUCUGAAUUAAGAACUGUAGGAAUAAUAUGAAUCCAGGCUGAAAUAUUAUGUUAAGUGGAAUAACUGGGCAGACCUUGAAUAAACCCAAUAUGUGGAUAGCAAAUUUAGGUAUGAAAACUUUAGACUUUUUUUUAGUAUAAAAAAUGUACAAUUAGAAUUAUUUUAGAACUAUUAGUAUUGCAGAUAUCAAUAUACAGAUGUGCCAAGCAGACAUAAUUCUUCUCUCUGCUUAAUCCGUGUCCCUCUUCAGGUCCACGACGUUACUCUGGUGAUUGUAUGUAUUCCCAUCAUACAAAUUCACCACAUAUCAGUUACUUCACAAAUAAAAAAAAAAUGAAAUGAUUUUAUUUUUGACAGACUGGUUUGAAUGAAUGUGUAAUGACUGGAGUGGUUGUAAAUUUAAAGUGUAAGGAGACACUUAAAUUUUGUAUGCUGUUAGAAAUACAUGCUGUAAUAUAGAAUGAGUGGAAACUUUUUGAUUAAUUUCUCCCUAGAAAUGACCGAAAUAUUUUUGCCCACAAUUUGAGAAAUGGGGCACUUUCCUUUUAUUCAUGGUUGACAUAGAUAAAUUGUGCUUAAGCUGGUCUUUUGCAUUGCUAAUAUGACAUGUACCCCAUUUUUCAUUAAUUUGUAUUUUCUUUUUUAAGUUGUAUAUUCUGUGUUUUGUAGUGUUUGGAUUGUUAAUGAAAAAAUAUUAUAUGUUCAUCAUUUCUUGCUUGUAUUCUUGCCACUUAUUGCUUCAUAAAAAUCAAUUGUUCCCUUUUUUUUGGAGGGAGAUCACAUAUGUUAUUCAAAACUAUUGAAAUUGGUCACUACUAAAAUUACAAUAAUCAUAGGUGAAUGUCUUAAGAUUAAAAUAGAGAAGUUUUUAGUACUUCAAAA